UCCGUGCCAAACUGUGUAGCCAUUUGCCCGUGCCCUUUUCCGCCAAUCAGUCCGCAUUCUCGCGGACCGGCACUCUCGUACGACGUCGCUCAGUAGCGCGUCGCCACCUGACGGCGCACCGACACCUAACAUGACCCCGUUCGACGCCCCUGACGCCAGGUACACGCUGGGUGUGUGCGUGAUGGAGCGCAAGGCUCGGUCGGCGCCCAUGCUUGAGAUUCUGGGGCGCCUACCGCCUGAGCUUUUCCGCAUUGAGUUCUUUGGGGACGAAACGAUAUUGCACCAACCCGUGGACGUCUGGCCCCGUUGCGACGCACUUAUCGCCUUCUUCUCGAAGGGAUUCCCACUACAGAAGACGCAGGACUACGUUGCACUGCGGAGACCUGUAGUGGUCAACGACCUGGACACGCAGUAUCUGCUACAAGACCGCCGAGAAGUCUACCGCGUUCUCCAGGAACACGGCGUCCCCACGCCGCGCCACGUCUUCGUGAGCCGUGACGGCUAUGGUGGACAAACGGAACCUCCGGAGGUCAUUGAACGGGAAGACUUCAUCCAAGUGGACGGUGUCCGUAUCAAUAAGCCGUUCGUGGAGAAGCCAGUGGACGGAGAGGACCACAAUAUUCAUAUCUACUACCCCAUGAGCGCCGGCGGAGGCUGUAAACGUUUGUUCCGCAAGAUUGGCAACAGAUCCAGCGAGUACGACCCACAGGUCAACACAGUGAGGACGGGGGGAGGCUCCUACAUCUACGAAGAGUUCCUGUCCACACAAGGAACCGACGUCAAAGUCUACACUGUGGGGCCGCACUACGCCCACGCCGAGGCUCGCAAGUCCCCCGUAUUGGACGGACGAGUGGUAAGAGAUGCAGACGGCAAAGAAGUGAGAUAUCCGGUCAUGUUAUCGACCGAGGAGAAGCAAAUCGCCUAUCGAGUGUGCAGGGCUUUCAAGCAGACGGUGUGCGGCUUUGACAUCUUGCGCGUGCGUGACGCCUCGUACGUGUGUGAUGUGAACGGCUGGAGUUUUGUCAAGAAUUCGGAGAAAUACUACGACGACUGUGGUAUUUUACUGACGCAGUACUUGGAGCAGGCACUAACUAGCGGUGGAGUGAUGGCAGGUGAGGACUUUGGUACUGAUAGCUCUGCCUUCAGCUCCGUCACCUUCCGUUUUGCGCCUGAUGCCCCACCACCGAGUGCAGAGCUGUCGGAGCCCCCAACAGCGCACAGACACGCAAUGCUUCGCGGCCCAUCCACAUCUAUUGCCGAGUCUGAAGUGUCUGAAGCUGACAGUAUCACGGACGGGGCUGAAGACACUGUGUACCAAGAAGAGGAGCUGCGUUGUGUUCUGGCAAUCAUCCGACAUGGCGAUCGCACACCCAAGCAGAAGAUGAAGAUGAACGUGUGCCAUCCUGCCUUCUUGCAGUUCUACGAGGACCGACUACGUGAAUCUCAGCAGGAAAAUGGAGACGGGAAUGAUUCAAAGAAGAAAAAGAAGAUGGACCUAAAGAUUAAGGCUGUAGCGAAUCUGGAGCGGCUGCUUCAAGUGAGCAAAGACCUGUUAGACAAGUACGAGAACCGGGAUCCGGCUUUCAUGGAGUUCUUGGAACAACGUGAGGUUAAAUGCGGUGAAGAUGCAACUGACCGCGUCAAGGGAUACCGCACCUUACGUGACGUGCUACAGCGCUGGCAACUCGUUGGAAUUAAUCGCAAGGUGCAGUUGAAACCCAAGGAGUUCGUUUCUGUACCUGUUGAUGGUACCGAUGAGAACGGAGAGCAGCUAACGACACGUCGAGUGAGUAAAUUGCUGCUGAUCAUCAAGUGGGGAGGGGAUCUCACACACACCGGUGAGGAACAAGCCGAGCACCUCGGACAGAAAUUCCGUCGCAUGAUGUAUCCUGGUGGUGCAGGCGGUUUGAAUCGUCUGCACUCAACGUUCCGCCACGACCUGAAGAUCUACACAAGUGACGAAGGUCGAGUUCAAAAGACAGCAGCAUCAUUUGCUAAGGGAUUGUUGGAGCUCGAGGGUGACAUUAUCCCUAUUCUAGUUGGACUCGUUCUCAAGUCGAAAGACGCAGAUUCAAUGCUGGACCAAUCGGGAUCCUCUGCUCAGGAGAUCAUAAUGCGUGUGAAGCAGCGUUUGCACAAGAUUAUCCACCGCGAAGACCAUUGCAGCCAACUGAUUGACUCCAACUCGCGACUAAUUCGCUCUGUGGCUCUUGCUCUCACAAAGGUGGACCAGCCAAUUAAAAAGAUGGGGAUCAUGCACAAGUUGCUGCAGUCGCUCAAGGAGCAACUUACUCGAAUGAUCCAGGAGAAGGCACAGUACAAGUCCGAGAUAGACAGGUGGCAACAGAAGAAAGCUACUGCCGGUCGUCUGCUAGCACCCGUAAUGGGCCGUUCAGCAAGUGUCAAUGAGCUGAGCCAGCCCAGGAGCCGUCAUGUGCACUCGUACUCUCCUCGGAAGAAGCACAGCGAAGGAAGCAACAUCCCUAGUGAUGCUGCCAACAGCAGUGUCGGUCUGCGCAAAAUGCGACCGCAAGAAUCGUUGUCUCCUGAGGAGAUUAAAUAUCCCGAACCUUGUGGUCGUGAGACGCUUGAGGUCAUGAGAGAGCGAUGGGCCAAGCUGUAUCGUGAUUUCUACGUCAAGAAACGUGACACGUACGAUUUGUCGAAGAUCCCGGACAUUCACGACUGCAUUCGAUACGACGCAGUGCACAACGCGCACCUGAACUUGACCGACGUGCGUGAGUUGCUGGAGAUUUCGAGCGCACUAUCUCACGCUCUUGUACCUCAAGAGUAUGGAAUUAACGUGGACGAGAAGAUCUUCAUUGGAUCAGCCAUGUGCCGAACUCUGCUAUCAAAGAUCAAUACCGACUUGGAUCUGGCCCGUGGCCUUAAGCCGGACGUCCUGAAAGACCACAACACGCACCGUUUGAAUCCGUCGUACGCCAAGAAGAUCAAGUCGACGCACCGAUCCGUGCGCACACGUCUGUACUUCACCAGUGAGUCGCACUUGCACUCGCUGCUUAACGUCCUUCGCUAUGGACGCGAAGAAUGCGCGAUUAAAAGUCCUAUUGGCGAAGAAUCACGCAAGUGGAUUGAGGACAUCCCGGAGCUUUGCUACAUGACGCACUUUGUCGUACGCGUCUUCGAGCGCGUCCAGUACUCGCUGGACGACCCCCAACGAUUCCGUGUCGAGAUCUCUGUAUCCCCCGGAGCAGACCAAGACCCGCUAAAUUCUGAUCCGGAGAAGCAGCUGGAGGUUGCGCCGUUGAAGAUUAUCUCACAUGAGGGCCUUACAUGCCAGGAGCUUGUUGACUACGUUGCUGACUGUAUCGACUUCGCUGAGCAGAACGAGAUCAAGGAGAUGAUUAGCCGCACGGUAGCAGCCAAGAGCAACAGUAGUCCUGAGAACACGAACGGAGAUAGCAGCAGCAACAGUGGAGAUGUUACUCCGGUCAAGCGCUCCAUGUACUCUCUGAGCAACAAUAGCAGCGACAGCAACUUCAGUAGUGACAACUAACUGGUGCUCGCAACUCAAGACACCGAAAGGUAAACGUUCAAGCAGAGUAAGUAGCAUGGGGUUGCUGUAUAUUGGAAUGCUUUACCUUGCAAUUCAGGGAAUAAUAGUCAUGCGCUACCACCGUUUGGCCACUUGUUGUUGCCACGUACACAUUUUUAGGUCUGCUGUACGUCUUGCUGACGAGCUUGCUGGUCCCAACGUCUUCGGAAAUCUGGUUCGACGAAUGUUGCUUCUGCUUCGGCGUUAAAGCCAUGAUGGAGCCCACUACUUCCACGGGCUGUUCCGGGGGCAGAGGGGUCACGUUUAAUGGUAGGGGACGGUGGCUGUUGCUCGCAUUCCUCGGGGCGACCACCGCCACUGUGUCCUCCCUGCGGUACGGAAGACUCGAAGCGUGAGAUCUCGUCGUGCUGAGACUUGAGGUGGAGAAACUCCUCGCGUCCAUGGUCCAAGUGGACCAUCUCGUCAUUCAGAUGCUCCGUUUGCUCGAACUGAGUGAUCUCCCGAUGAGCGAACUCGCCGUUCAGCGACUCCAUAUGCAGCACUUCUGUUUGAUGACGUUCCUUCUCCACAAGCCGCUGCGGUUGACCCUUCUCGUCGAUCUUGGUGUACUCGGUGAUUCGCUCCUGGAUCGUGAUCUCACGCUUCUUCCAGAGACCGGGAGCUGGCGGCGCUCGAGUCACAGCUUGGUUAAUACGGGAAGGAUGGAAGGACACAAGAGCAUUUAGUCUACCCGUGCGAGGAGGGGGAGCCGGGAGACUUUCGAAGUGUCGCUGUCGCUCUUCAUGUGCUGCUCGUACCGCUGCCGACUGCAAAAAGCGAAUGAAGUUAUCGAAACCCAAGUGUGUCUGCUGCGGAGCCAACCCAAACACUUGUGCGAGCAGUAGACGUCGGUACGGUGGAAUGGACAAAUAAGCACACAACUCGUCCAGUUCCAGGAAGUCACCGCUGACAUUCGCAUCGCCGCUUUCGACCCGCUUCUUGAGGAACUGGAACUGUUCAUGCAGAGUUUCCUUCGGACGUCGAAGAUUGAACGCACGCAGCACCAAGAAGUGCUGCAACUUCACUCGUCGCUCUGCCUCGCGUGCUUCUCGUGCUGAGCAUUGCUUCGCUAGGUUUCCUCUUCCGCUGCGGCUUGUGGCGACAUCUACAGCCAUUCUUCUCCUAGAGAUCCCAACGAAUUGUGUGGAUUGGAACUAUGCUGUUCAGCUUUGACCAAAAUUAGCGACUAGCUCAACGUCUCAUGGCUAUCUCCUGCAGCUUCUUCUAGAACGUUAUCGUUUUCAUAAGCCCAGGAGGCCAUUAGAUCUGCCUCCACCUCCUGGUCUACAGACGCAUCGCAGCCUUCCUCCUUUUUGCUCAAUAUGACACAAGCGUGAACAAAGGCACAUCGCAGGCGACCGAGGGCGCGUCUGGAACAUAGCAAGCCAAGAUCGUGUUCGGUUUCGACAGGGUCUUCCAGGCAGAGUCGGACGUUGUUUUGUCGAGACCAGCUCUUGCUAGUCUUUGACAUGACUUCUUUCCUUCGUAGGCAAACAACAGUGUGUUCGUAGUCGAACUCGCAAGUGUAGAAGCGGAAAAACCCACGUCGAAGUGCCUCCCAAUCUUGCACACCACCAGCUUGUUCGAUGACGUACGUCUUGUCAACAGCUUCGAGCCCCCUGUCGAUUUCUUCUUCAGUCAAAGCACGAAGAGCGGACUCGUCUUCAACAGCGUACGCACUGCAGUCUAGAACUGGCAGGAUACUAACACGCUGAAGAUAGUAGAUAGCCAGCAGUGUGAGUCCAUACGAACUCAAUGCGCCGCUUGCGACACGUUUCUUGGCUUGACGCCAAUUACGCAGCC